AAAACAAGAGACAUCUCUCUCUAAAAUCUCCUCCGGUAUUACGCCGGGCGACACAGAAGAAACCGUUCUACUUUUUUACUCUCUCUCCUAUCUCUUUAUACAUGCACAUUCUCUCUCUCUCUACUGCAAAAAUGUAUUAUUAUAUUUUAUGAUUAAAGGAAGACACGAUUUACUUCUCGCCCUUUUAUUUUAUAAGUACACGUCUGAGACGUUCCUGAAAGAGCUUCUGCUUCCAUCUUCAUCCCAGACAACUGUUUACAUGCAUUUGCUUCCUUGAUUGAUCUCUUUAAAGCUUCCAAAACUUUUAUUUCUUACAUGCAAUAGAUAGAUCUUCCGAUAGAAAAAAACAACCUCGUGAUUAUCGUUCUUAUAGUCUUCUUCUCCACAACAAAUGCAGAAGUUCUCUGAAAGCUUUUAGUAUAACGCUUGAUCAGAAUCACAAAAGAAAUUAUAAGAAGAGAAACAAGAAACAAGAGUGAGAGAGAAAGCAAAAGAAAAUUAGUUUUGAUGGCUCCGAUGACUAACUGGUUAACGUUUUCUUUGUCACCAAUGGAGAUGUUGAGGUCAUCAGAUCAGUCUCAGUUUGUGUCCUAUGACGCUUCUUCCGCCGCUUCCUCCUCUCCUUAUCUCCUCGAUAAUUUCUAUGGCUGGACGAACCAAAAGCCUCAAGAGUUUUUCAAAGAAGAAGCUCAGCUAGCAGCUUCGAUGGCGGAAUCAACAAUCUUAACAACGUUCGUGGACCCGCAAACUCAUUCCAUCCCGAAACUAGAAGAUUUUCUCGGUGGUGACUUGCGUUACUCCGACAACAGCCAAAGCGAAACACAGGACUCUUCUUCCCUCUCUCAAAUCUACGAUCCACGUCACCACCUAAACCAAAACCAAAACCAAAACCAAACCGGGUUUUACUCCGAUAAUAACGACUUCAAAACCAUGCCCGGUUUUCAAACCGCCUUCUCGACUAACUCCGGUUCCGAAGUCGACGACUCUGCCUCCAUCGCCCGGACUCAUCUCCCCGGGGAGUAUCUGGGACACGUGGUCGAAUCCUCCGGUCCUGAGCUAGGUUUCCACGGUGGAGCUUUGUCACUUGGAGAUAGCAUUAACAACGCUAAUCAAAGGAGUAAUGAUACUAAUCAGAUCACUGAGCAUCAUCAUUACCAGGUUAAUAAUGAGAGAAUCAACAACAUCAACAGCAGCGAGAAGAGAGAUUCUGAGAAGGAGAAGCCUGUUGUGGCGGUGGAAACAUCAGAUUGUUCUAACAAGAAGGUAGCUGAUACGUUCGGACAAAGGACUUCUAUUUACCGAGGGGUUACAAGACAUAGAUGGACGGGAAGAUACGAAGCUCAUCUAUGGGAUAAUAGCUGUAGGAGAGAAGGUCAAGCCAGGAAAGGACGUCAAGUAUACUUGGGUGGAUAUGACAAAGAAGAUAAAGCAGCUCGAGCUUAUGAUUUAGCAGCUCUUAAAUACUGGAAUGCUGCUGCUACCACCAAUUUCCCUAUUACGAAUUACUCGAAAGAAUUAGAGGAAAUGAAGCACAUGACCAAACUAGAGUUCAUUGCUUCCCUUAGGAGGAAGAGUAGUGGAUUCUCUAGAGGAGCUUCGAUAUACAGAGGUGUGACGAGGCAUCAUCAACAAGGACGUUGGCAAGCAAGGAUAGGCCGUGUUGCCGGCAACAAGGAUCUUUACCUUGGAACCUUUGCAACGGAAGAGGAAGCGGCAGAGGCAUACGACAUAGCAGCGAUCAAAUUCAGAGGAAUAAACGCUGUAACGAACUUCGAGAUGAACCGUUACGACGUUGAAGCCAUCAUGAAGAGUGCGCUUCCCAUUGGUGGUGCAGCAAAACGCCUUAAGCUCUCUUUAGAAGCAUCUGCUUCAGCAGAGCAGAAACCAAUCAUCAGCCAUCAUCAUCAACAACAACUCCACCAUCUUCAGUCCUCACCCAAUAACAGUAGCAUUAACUUCGCUCUUUGUCCUACUAAUUCAGCUGUUGAGUCCCAGAUGGUUCCAUGUGGAAUACCUUUUGACGUAGCUACUCUUUACCAUCAUCAACAGCAGCAACAACAACAGAACUUCUUCCAGCAUUUUCAGGCUUCUGACUCGACCGGAUCGUCUAAUAAUAAUAACUCCAACGUUCAAGGGUCAAUGGGACUUUUGGCGCCAAAUCAGGCUGAGUUCUUCCUCUGGCCUAACCAGUCUUACUAGAAUCAAUCAAUCAUGUCAUGUGAUUUGAUGGAGUCUGUGUUUUUUUUUUCUUUUUUUUUUAAUAGUCUUUCAUGUCAUUUUCAAUAUCUUGAUUCUGGCUAACUCAUAGAGCUGAUUAGAAGGAUAUGAGAAUCUCACUUGCGUGUCUG